AUGUGCAAAGACCCUUAUGCGUGCACUGGUGACCAUUGCUGCCGACAGACCGUGGCCGAAUGUCCAAUGGGUGAGCGAGUAGCUUCUCCAAUGCUGUCACUUGAACUGCCUGAGUGGAUCGGCCAAUUCACACCCGACAUGGCCGAGCUGAUGCGCAGCACAACGACUUUGGAUGCGUACUCGCAGUUUCUGGAGAGCUUGGGCACAACCUCACGUGCGCCAAGCCUCGCGCAACAAAUUGGAGAUUAUGCGUGGGCGGGAAGCGCUGUCCUCAUCGCCAUCGGGCUGACCUGCUCUUGUUUGGCUUGCUAUUACAUGGGAGUCAUCAACGCAACCCAUAUUAGGAAAGUUGUUCUUGGGCCAGCGCGUUUGUUGAACGCAUACCAUGCGGACCCGGUAACAAUUUUUGCAUCUGGGAACAUGCCUCGCGACAAGAAGCGCGAAGCACCUCUUCCACCCAUGAGACCUGCACAUGAGAUCGAGGAAGAACGCAAGGAUAACGAAGCUUGCGCUGCUUUGGAAGAUGCUUGGGACAUCGCUACUCUAAAAGGUAUGAGACACCUGGUGAGCAAAGCGAACGAUCCGGAUCCCUUCCAGGCAACUUUGCUCCGCUUCGUUGGCAAGAACAGUGACCGGGAAUCUGAGGCCAUGGAUUGCAACGACAAUGUGCAAGAUGGCAGAGAGCGAGGUGCUGUCUGCGAAGUACGGAACAGCGGGUGGAAGCAUAUCGAAGAUCUGCGAGCGGCCGUGCAGGCUGCCAAAUUCCAGGAUAUCAGCGAGUCUCACAUGAAGGAGGCGCAGGCGCUCUUGGCAGCACUUGUUGCCCGAACUCAUGAGCUUCCCUCUGACCGAUGCGUCCUGGAUCCAGAUGGUAAAGGUAUCAAGUUGCUGCCCAAAGGACAACAAAGAGCUGUGUGGCACAUUACAGGUGACGCCUACACCUUCGAGCAGGGCUCCUCCCAGGGAGGUGACAUGGGUGUGGACAUUUCACCUCCGAAGGAUUUGCUGGGUGAUGCUGCUGUGGAUGAUGCCCGGCCCGUCUGUGCCCAGUGGGCAAAGAGCUCUCGCUGCAAAGCGGGCCGCGAUUGCCCCUGGCGCCACUGCCGCCCGCAGGCUGGAGACUCGGUGCGCGAAUGCAUAUUGUUUGACGACGUGUGA